AUGAGAAGAGGCCUUUGCUCAGCAGUGGGCACUUAUAGGCUGAUGAUGAUGAUGAUGAUGAUGACUAGAUUUCCCUCAGCAAAUGAUGCAUGGAGAAAUGACUGGAUAAAAAUAAUAAGGGAGAGUAGACACGAAAAUAAUUGGAAUCCAUCAAAAUCAAGUGUAAUCUGCAGUAUACAUUUUGAGAAGCAUUGUUUGUAUUCAACUAAAGGCGGACUUCUUCGCGUUGUUGCUUACGUCGUACCAACAAAGUUUUUAUCCGAUACGUCAGCUGUACAAGAAUUACCGACUGAAGUAUUUUCUUCCAGUGUUUCUGAUAAGAGUUCACUAGUGAUUGAAGGAGUAGCCACAGUUUCCGGGCAGCAAAAAAAAAUAGAACAACCUUUUUCACAAAAUGUAACGACGACUUUGACACAAAGUUCAUCAGUGGUUGAAGGAAUAUCUGUACAAGAAUCGACACUGCAACAGUCUUGCUUAUUGAACACGACUUCGUCCUUGCAAAAUAAAGAGCGUGUCAAGACAGGUCAAGACUCGCCGAUUCCGCGCCGCCCGCUCGCCUAG